AUUUCUUCUCUUUCCGUGUAUUUGCAUCUCUCUCUCUCUCUACUUCAUCUGUUCUUUUCAUGUCUGUUUUUGUAUUAAUGGGCAAUCCCCGCGGAAGAAAGCAUCUUUAGAACUGAGCUUCCCUUUUGCUUUUCAUCUUCAUCUUCUUUCUCUUCUUCUUUGAUCAAAUAUGGCAGAAAACAAAGGAGGCAGUUCGAGCCGCCACCAAGAGCUUCAGAUUAGUUUUGGGAUGAUGCAGGCUUCUUCUUCCUCCCUUCACGCAAGUGCUAUGAGCAAGGAGGGAGGAGCAUACGACUUGGGAGAGUUGGAUCAAGCUCUAUUUCUCUAUCUGGAUGGUCAGGAUCAUUCCUCAGUUCAGGAGCAUAGACAGACUCUGAACAUAUUCCCUUCUCAGCCCAUGCAUGUAGAGCCAUUCAACAAGGGGGGCAUGAUAAGCUUAAACAAUGCUUCAAAUAAUUCUUCUAAGAGACCUGCAGACCAGUCCAUGGAACUAGGAAACCGAAGGAACAAUAUUUCAUCCUUGGUUCAGCCAGAAAAAGAGAACAAGGCAGCAGUGAAGAAGGAAUCGAAUAAUAAAAAGGUCACAACUUCUAGUACUGAACAAGAAGGGCCCAAGACACCAGACGCUAAGACAAUAAGGAGGCUCGCCCAGAAUAGGGAAGCAGCCAGAAAAAGCAGACUCCGCAAGAAGGCUUAUGUUCAACAACUGGAGAACAGCAGGAUCAGAUUAACACAGCUUGAACAAGAGCUUCAAAGAGCAAGAGCACAAGGCGUCUUCUUCGGGGGAGGAGCUCUCCUCGGCGAUCAAUCCCUUCCCCAUGGCAUCAAUUGCCUUAGCUCCGAAGCUACCAUGUUCGACAUGGAAUUCGCGCGGUGGCUGGAAGAGCACCACCGCCUCAUGUGCGAGCUCCGUGCGGCCGUCCAAGAGCACUUGCCGGAACAUGAGCUCCGGCUUUACGUCGACAAUUGCCUCUCUCAUUAUGACGAGUUGAUAAACCUUAAAAGCGCUAUCACGAAGGUGGACGUCUUCCACCUUAUAUCCGGAAUGUGGAAGACUCCGGCGGAGCGAUGCUUCAUGUGGAUGGGCGGCUUCCGCCCCUCAGAGCUCAUCAAGAUUCUAUUGAGUCAUAUAGAACCAUUAACAGAACAGCAGAUAUUAGGAAUAUGUGGCCUGCAGCAGUCAACACAGGAAACAGAAGAAGCACUAAGCCAAGGGCUUGAAGCCCUUCAUCAAUCUCUCUCCGACACAAUUGCCUCCGAUGCUCUUAGCUCCCCUUCCAACAUGGCUAAUUACAUGGGCCAUAUGGCCAUUGCCAUGAACAAGCUCGCUACUCUUGAAGGUUUUGUCAGACAAGCAGAUGGAUUGAGGCAGCAAACACUUCACAGGCUACACCAGAUCCUGACCAUUCGUCAAGCUGCACGGUGCUUCCUCUCCAUUGCUGAGUACUUCCAUCGCCUCAGAGCUCUCAGCUCCCUUUGGCUUGCCAGACCAAGACAGGAGUAAGCCCGCAAGCCCUUCUGUUUAAUUACUAAAAAAACAAAUCAGAGAGAAGAAAAGAAAAGGCUAGAUAUGAUUGCCAGCUUCAUGUUCUUGAAGCUCAUAAUUUUUAGCUAGCUAGAUUAGGUUCCUUAAUUUGACUGGCAGAUAAAUGUAUAGAUAGGUGUAUACAUACCUUUGAGAGUAUGGAUUAUAAUGAGACUUAGUUCUCAUCAUUUACCUUUCUAUGGAAGGAAACUUUUGAGCUAUCUAAUACCUUGUGUUCCAGGGAACGUUGGGCAGUCUUUUUCUGAUCUUUUCUUAGAGAAUUUGUGCUCUAGUUGCAUUUUGCUUAAAAAUUGUGACACUGUAAGUAACUCAUUUUAGCACACAUUUCGAUGAAUGUAGUCGAAUUAGUUGAUGAAAUUUGGACAUGAUGAGU